AUGCGGAUCAAUUGGAGUUUUUUCCUAUGUAUCCUUCUCCAGGCCAUUUUCGCUGUGAGCAAACAAAGUUCAAGAACGCUUGUUCUUUACGACCAAUCAACAGAACCGUUAGAGGACUACUCAGUCUAUUUAAAGGAUCUGGAACAAAGGAAUUACAAACUUGAAUAUUUGGAUAUCAACAGUACUUCCACUGCUGUGGAUUUGUAUGAUAAAGAGCAAAGAUUAUAUGAUAACAUCAUCGUUUUUCCUACCAAAGGAGGCAAGAAUUUGGCUAGACAAAUCCCAGUCAAGCAGUUGAUUAAAUUUUUUGAAAAUGAAGGUAAUAUUCUAUGCAUGAGUUCUCCUGGUGCUGUUCCAAAUACUAUUCGUUUAUUUUUGAAUGAAUUAGGUAUUUAUCCAAGUCCAAAAGGACACGUUAUUCGUGACUAUUUUUCAUCUUCUUCAGAAGGGCUAGUUGUUUCUUCAGACCACCUUCUGAACAAACAUGUUUACAACGCCAAAAAAAGCGAGAAAUUUGUUUUUGGGGAAAGUUCAGCUGCUUUAUUAGAAAACCGUGAACAAAUCGUACCAAUUUUAAAUGCUCCUAGAACAUCCUUUACCGAGUCCAAAGGAAAAUGCAACUCUUGGACCAGCGGGUCUCAAGGAUUUCUUGUAGUUGGUUUCCAAAACUUAAACAAUGCCCGCUUAGUGUGGAUCGGUAGUAGUGAUUUCUUAAAGAACAAAAAUCAAGACUCUAAUCAUGAAUUUGCAAAAGAAUUACUAAAAUGGACAUUUAAUGAAAAAUCUGUAAUUAAAAGUGUGAAUGCAGUUCACUCACAUGCAGAUGGUACUAGUUAUGAUGAAGAGCCCUACAAGAUUAAAGACAAAGUUAUUUAUAAUAUAGGUUUUUCGGAAUGGAACGGGGAAAAAUGGCUACCACAUAUCGCUGAUGACAUCCAAUUUGAACUAAGACAAGUGGAUCCAUACUACCGUCUUACAUUGUCGCCAAGCGGAAAUGAUUCUGAAAUCCAAUACUAUACCACCGGUGAAUUUAUACUCCCAGACCGUCACGGUGUGUUUACCUUCCUCACUGACUACCGCAAGAUUGGCCUUUCAUUCACUACUGACAAAGACGUUAAAGCUAUCCGUCAUCUUGCUAACGACGAAUACCCAAGGAGUUGGGAAAUUAGCAACUCUUGGGUUUAUAUUAGCGCCAUUUGUGGCGUUAUCGCUGCUUGGAUAUUUUUCGUUGUUUCUUUUGUUACGACUUCCUCUGUUGGCAAGAAACUUGAAACAUUUAAAAAAAAAAACUAG